AGUUGCAACAGCUAUGAUGGCAGUUUGAUUACAGAGACAUUGUUAGUGAUACUCAUUAUCAGUUUGAAAUAAUAAAAUGCAGGCAAAAGACAUUGUGUGUUGAAGAAGAUUGUAAGCGGUGUGGUGAUCUAGAUAUGGAUCAACCGUGCUUAGGCAAGACAGACUGUUCAGUAUGUCAUUCUAGCAAUGGUGUUCUCUGCCGAGCUUGUCUCAAGGUUAGAUACGGUGAAGAAAUGGAGGUGGUGAGAAGAAAUAAGCAAUGGAUGUGCCCUCACUGCAUAGAGGAUAAAGGAAUUAAACCAUAUUGGAUAUGUAACAGUUCAUUGUGCUUAAGGAAGAGAAAGAAGGUUCCAACUGGGGUUGCUAUAUUCAAAGCUCGUGAGAUGGGAUACAAAUCGGUUGCACAUCUACUAAUGGAUGAGCUUCAACGAACAUUGUAGAUGAAGAGGUAGAUAACUAUGCGCAUGGGCGGUGGGGCCAUGCAUGAAGUAGUGGGUUCAAUUGAAACCACUGGACUUUGAAUUUUUUUUUUAAGAAUUAUGUAGCAGUGAUACCAUUAAAAUUGUUCAAAUUAAUUCUAUGUUUAUUAUAUUUUUAUACUAUUUUGUUUUGUACGCAUAACUAUUAAUGGUUGAAGACACUUAUAUGGAUACUAUUACAACAA